AUGCGUGAACAAGAAUUGGAGACUCUAAAAACAAAUAUUGGAAAAUUAAUAUCACCGAAUGGUUUUUUUUCAACAACAAAAGAUUAUGAGGUUGCAUUACCGUUUGCAGGUGAAGAUAAUGCUAAGACAAAGAGUACGCUAUUCGUAAUAACCAUGGAUCAAACGAAAAUGGCUACUGGAGCGUUUGUAGCAGCUGAUAUUGAAGAACUUAGUAACUAUCCACAAGAAAAAGAAGUUUUAUUUAGUAUUGGAUCAACAUUCAGAAUAGACAAUGUUACGUACGAUCCUGUAUUGAAAAAAUCGUAUGUACACAUGACUGCUACAAAUGACGAAUUGGAAUAUGUUCAAGAACAUAUUAACUCGAUGAGAAAAGAUUUAGCAGAAACAAAUCCCACACGACUAUUCGGAAAGUUGCUUAUUGAUAUGGGUCAGUAUUCGAAAGCCGAACAAUAUUAUCAGUUGGUUCUGAACACUCUGCCAAAGAAUCAUGAUGAUUUUCCAUCACUAUAUCAUGGGUUAGGUUACACGCAUUAUGUAAGAGAGCAAUAUGUUGAAGCGUUGAAAUAUGACACCAUUGCAUAUACAACACGAAGGCAAACGUUAACAGAAAAUCAUUUAGACAUUGCUCGAUCUUCACUUAACCUUGGGUGCGAUUACGUAGGAAUCGGUGAUUAUACUACAGCAAUGGAACUUCUCAUAGAAGCAUUGCGCAUAAGAGAAAAGAAUUAUUCUGGAGAGGAUCAUGUAAAUAUUGCUAUAGUUUUGGCUGUUAUCGGUGAUAAUUACACUCAUUUAUGUGAUUUCCGAAAAGCAUUUGAUUACUUAACAAAAGCACUGGAAAUGUUCCAACGCAUCCCUCCAUAUGAGCAUGCCGAUAUGGCUAGAACACUCAUGAAAUUUGGUUACUUGCACGAAAAGCAAAACGACUACGAUCGUGCUAUCGAUUAUUACCAUAGUGGUCAUAAAAUGGCGAUGAAAAUAAUACCGCCUGAACAUCCGCGUCUACAAAAAUAUUUUGAAAGCAUUAUACAGCUUUAUCAGAAAAUGAAUUGUAUCGACAAAGCUGUGCAAUUUUGUAAUGAAAAACUGAUCUCACAACGAGAAUUAGUCGGUGAACUUCAUCCAAAUAUCGCUCGCAUUUACGAAAUACUCGGCGAUUUAACAGUUGAUAUUGAACAAAAGCUUUUGAGUUACUAUAAAGCAAUAAAUAUUUGGCAAAAGUGUGAUCCAGACAAUAAGCAAACGAUUGCUAAAUGUCAAACUAAAAUCAAUUCAAUACAAGAUUUGCCUUAA